UAACUCGCAAUGGCUUCCAACGUUCCUCCACCGGGUGGAAAAAGUGACACGUCACGGAAACCACCUGUGAUAAAGAAUCCAUUACUGAGCACGCAGGUUACCGGAUUGACACUGGACGACUUUGCGCCGGUUGCGGUGUUGCAGCCUGCGGCACCGCUGCCGCCCAUCGUGAAGGAACCAACGGAAUCAACAGUUCCUCCAAAACCGGCCAUCUUUAGCUCCCAACAACUGGUGACUGGUACCGUUCCAGAGCUACCACAGGAUACGGAUAGUUUCAGUGAAAUCGAUCUUACCGCAACAAGCGAUCCGCAAACCUUCUCCCUGCCGCCCACGAUCGACUACAAUCCGCUGCAGGAUUUGGAAGAUACGGACGCACGUGCGAGCGCUAGUGGUUGUCAGUUCGGAGACAACGGGGAACCGUCGGCAACAUCAUCAUCGUAUUUGCAGCAAACGUCGGCACUGACCGCCCAGUUUGCCGCUCAAUUACCGAACGUCGCGUCAACGGUAUUCUCGACCUUCAGCCGUGUCAUCAAGGGCAGCUCGCCGGCCCCACCAUCAUCAUUAUCGUACGCUAACGACCACCCAUCAGCGUACGGUGCGCAGCCGGAAUUUCAACGUACGCCCAAUAAUCCAUAUGAGCUACUAUCGCCGUCAUCGUCGUUAGUGCCAUUAAUAAAUUCAUCCGCGUGCGACCCAUCGUCGUCCUACCCGCCGGUCGCACCGGAAAAUCAUUCGCAUUUGGGGGUGCAAUCAUCUGCAGAACAGCAACUACCACCCCCACCACCACCAACGUUCUACAAUCCGGAACAGGUGCCAUCGGCUACUGUGCAACCGCCGCCAACCGUACCCGGAUUGUCAAACACGUACCGAUUAGGAGGCAGCAAGAAGAAAACGUAUGCUCAUAUCCCCGGUCUAAGCACAACCGCCCAUAUUGCUGGUUCGUCCGCUGCACCAUCAUUUCCAGCUGCUGCCACGGUACCACCCGUGAUACUUCCUCCAGGGCCACCGUCUUCCGCAGUGCCAACAUCGUUGCAAGCUGCUACGGUACCACCUGUGGUGACAUUUCCGCCUGUAUCACCACCGUCAGUAUCAACCGAUAUUGGCGUGCCAUUUUCAUCGGCAUCUAACCAGCUAACGGAAUCAGCUCAUCAACUUGCGGAAGAACCUCCGAAGAGUAAACCGACUCUUUUUAGCUACCUUCCGAACAGCAUCCUUGAGAAGCUUCCCAAACCGGGGUUCGGAAGCGAAAAAAAGGAAGAACCGUCGCCAUUUGUUGGCGGAAUAUCAAGUGGCUCAAUCGCGGAUCAGUUUGUCGAUGUUAAUGCUACUUCAGCGAUACAAUCAGCAACUGUAGUGACAUCAGUCGCUCCACCACCGUUGAGCAGUGCAUCGUUCUUUGCGCCACCUCCUGUGGUUGAAUUCACACAACAGUCACCAGGCGUUUCGCAGACACAAGCUAACUCUUUUUUCACAGCGCCCGCUCCUGAGCUGGGCGUUGAAGCAUCGACAGUUACAACUGAGGCGCCAACAGCUCCUCCGCCGGCAUUUUUCUCACCAGCUGAAAUUCCAACCGUUCGUACCGGGCAAAUAGGUGCUAGUUCUGCGAAAAGCAAUCCGUACAGCUCUUCGCGUAUAGCGGGAGGUGUUGGACGGUACAAGAACCCACUUGUCCCGAUUGUAUCGCCCGUUGCUGGAUCGGUAUUUUUACCAAAUCAACCUCCGCCGUUAGCAGCAGGUGGACAAUCUGGAAACGUACAUCCGGAAGUUCCAGCAGUUGCUCAGCCGACUAAUUUUACGCCUCAGAUAGUUCCGGCAGCAAAGUUACCGAUAGCACCGGUGUCUAUUUUCGAUCCCGCUGCAUUUGUGCCGGUAACUUCCGAUAAGAAAGAAGAACUUCAGCAGCCUGCCUUUGGUUGGGAUCCGAAGAUACAAGAAAGCAGUGUAAAACCAGCACCGAUUCCAGUUUCUGCUCAUCAGGAACAGGUGACACCGCAAGAAAAACAACAACAAUCUGUUCCAGCCAAGCAAGGAAGCGAUUCUCUGCUAUUUCCCACAUCAAGUAGCAACCUUGAUGCACUUGGUUCAGGAAUAAAUACUGACCGUAAACCUGCGUUUUCAGGAACAAUUUUCAAUCCGUAUGCUGCUCCUCAGGAACAUCGGGCAGAACAAGUGGACAGUCCUGCUAAUGUCCAAUCGCAACCUAUCACUGUAAUUGAGCCUUCGUUUUACAAAUCGGAAAACGUUUCCGUCGCAACAUCUACUGCAACCACUGCUAGCUUUCCACAAUUUUCUGUUCCAUUGAGCGGCGUUGAAUCAGUACAAAAACAAUUUGACACGUUUACCUUUGGAGGACCGCCGACCCACGAAGCUUUCGUUGUUCCGACGACACAAACCACUCCAUCGUUCCUGGUAACAGAACCAGCACCGCCGACAAUCGGUAGCACAAAACCUAUCGUCGAUAGUCGUUCAAAAUCCAGCGAAAACGUCCUGUCGCCACCACCACGACCGAACUCGAACCUUAGCGAACCGGCAGAAAUCUUUCCUGGUUCUGUGCCACCGGCAGACAUUUUCCGACCGGAUCUAUCCGGACCACGUGCAACUUUGGUACAAAAACAAACAGAGGAAAAGCAAAGUGCAGUAGCAGCAACAGCAGGAGCACAAGAUCCUAACGGCAACAAUUUAUUUAACUUUUUUGCUUCAAAAACUGCACCAGUGUCUGUUUCGUCGGGAAAACAGUUUGAAGAAUCACUAGGCAACGAAAAUUUGAUAUAUCCCAUUCAAACGACGGUGUUUCCUACUAAACCAACGCCCGAACCAACACCUGCUAUAAAUCCGCUUGAUUUCUUCAAUAGUAAUACGAUCGUCACGCAGGAAACCGUCGCCGCAGAUAACGCCUCCAAAACGGGUCAGACAAUUUCAUCCGUACCGUUAUUUAACUUUUUCGGACGCACUGCCGAUCCGAUUUCGACUUCAUCUACCGCGACGGUAGCACCGGUCGAAAACGCAUCAGUUCCGGUAGUUACUUUAGAUCCUGCAACCGGGUGGAAACAAAAAGAUUCUGUGAAGGAAUCUGGAAAAUCUGGCACUGAUCAAGCUGUCUCACCAGCUUCCGUAUCGAACGUUAGUAGCUUCAGUAACUUAAACGAUCGGUCCGACGAGGAAGGCGAACCAGAAGUGACACCAAUUGAAAACGCUUCCAACGAACCGAUCUUCAGUAGCGAUAAUUUGUUCGAUUUUAAAUCAUCCGCCUAUCAGGACGGAGGAGUUUUCUCGCGAGACACCAACCGUACCUACGACACGUACGACGGAAACAGCAGUAUGGCAGCGAUGGCAACCACAAGCGUUGGUGCACAGGAUGGCACCACUACCAACACAGGAACAUCGGUUGCUGAAUCGAGCACUACGAAUAUUGCCUAUCGCCCGACAUACAAUCAUUGGUUUUAUCGGCGUGAAGUUGAAGGGAAAAGUAUCUGGUCACCAUUCACGAUGGCUGAUUCGAUGGCACUAGAGGACGGGUUAACGACACUGUUAGCAAGAGGCGACAAUGAGGCAGAAAAUGACAGCAAUCCGCCGGUAAUCGUCCACACCGAUGGUGGACGGUACGAUGUAUCGAUCAAGGAACGGAAAAGAACUCCGGUAUACUGGAAGGGACCCGCUAAUGAGGUGCGCCGAUGUUCUUGGUUCUACAAAACAGUCGACUCUCGGUUCGUACCGUACGAGGAGGAGGUUGCUGAUCUGCUCGAACGCGAGUACAAAGAGGCGGCCACCUCGGGUGAAUGGCACAGGCGUAUUACGCUCCCGAACGGUGAAACGGUCGUCUUUCAUGGACCAUCAGUAAUUGUACACUUCCUGCAGACACAAAACCCUGACGCUUGGGGCAGUGGCAGCUCUCCGGUACCUUCCACGACGAACCGUCCGCGGGUAGUGAAGCGUGGUAUCGACGAGUUUAACAUUGAUGACGAUGAGCCAGAAAAGAUUGACCACUUACUGUUCAUGGUGCACGGUAUUGGCGAGGCUUGUGAUCUGCGGUUCCGGCGCGUUGAGGAAGUAGUGGACGAAUUUCGAAGCAUUUCAGCUCAACUCGUACAAAGCCACUAUCGCUCGUCGUUCGAUCGGGGUGAUGUGGGACGGGUUGAGAUUCUGCCCAUCUCCUGGCACGAUGAUCUCCACUCGGAAGAGUCCGGUGUCGAUGAGAAGCUAAAAUCGAUCACGCUUCCUUCGAUUCCGAAGCUUCGUCACUUUACCAACGACACGCUGCUGGACGUGCUGUUCUACACGAGCCCAAUGUUCUGCCAGAGCAUUAUCGAUGCGGUGGGUAAAUCAUUGAACCGGCUGUAUGCGCUCUUCUGUCAGCGCAAUCCAACGUUUAGUGGCCGCGUUUCGUUGGCGGGUCAUUCGCUUGGAUCGUUGAUACUGUUCGAUCUACUCUGCCAUCAGAAGAGGGUGGAACAGAAGCAUUCGAGCGAACCGGAAAAUUCGGAGAAUCCAGAUGAUGAUUCUAUUUCCCCGCUAACACCACACCAUGCCGUUGCGAAACAUCGACCAUUGGUGCGGAAAUGCUCACAACAAAUCAACUACGAGGUUGGUCCCGCCGGUACUGGCCAACCGUACAUAACCUACCCGCAGCUAAUGUUCCAACCAAAAAUGUUCUUUGCGCUCGGAUCACCGAUCGGUAUGUUCGUGACGAUACGCGGAAUCGAUGCACUGGGGCAAGACUUUAAGCUACCGACGUGCGAUGGAUUCUUUAACAUCUUCCAUCCGUACGAUCCGGUGGCGUACCGGAUCGAAGCUCUCAUCAAUCCGGACCUGAGCACAUUGGCGCCCGUACUGAUUCCACACCAUAAAGGCCGCAAACGGAUGCAUUUGGAGCUGAAGGAAACGGUGAUGCGGGUUGGUAACGAUUUGCGACAGCGCGUAACGGACGUGUUCCGCAAUACGCUGGACACGGUGUAUGCGCUGACGGCAAUGGGCACGCGACCCGAUUCUAAAGCGAUACAGAAGGAGGUGGAUAAGGUGUUGCAGGAUCAGUUGACGUUUGAAACCACGGGCUCGACGUCUAACCUGUCCGGUACGAGCGAUGUCGAUAGUGGUGAGACGAAUCUGCCGCUUGGAAAACUUAACCAAUCGCGGCGUGUCGAUUAUGUGCUGCAGGAGGCACCGUUUGAAUUCAUAAACGAGUACUUGUUUGCGUUGACUAGUCACGUGUGUUACUGGGAUUCCGAGGAUACGAUGCUAUUUCUGAUGAAGGAAAUCUACAGCAGUCUUGGCGUACAGACGGACCAUCAAGUACCGCAGCAAACGAUGACUAUCGAGCGACCACUCGCCGCCACCAGUCCCGUCGUGGGUGCUUCGUCUUGUUCGUUAAAUAGCAAUUACAAUCUUUUCCCACACGACUUGCAGUCACGUGAGGGUCCCGAGAACCGGCUAUAGUUU